UGAAGCUUCAUGGAACCCACCUUCUACGUGCUGCAGAUGUUUCCUAUUCUAAUCGGCACAAACUUGAUUCGUUUGACCUCGCCUCGUUUUCUCCACCAUCGACUCUUUCUCGCGUUCGCUGUUUGCUCUCCAAUUUAUUCCCUCAUCAUCGUUCGUUAAUUUUUGUUUCUUCUCGUUUUAUUGUUUUCGAAUUUGAGUAAGAGUAGGAUUUAUCGAGGUUGGUUUUUCGUUCUCUCUAUUUAUUGGUCGUUUCCGGUGACUUCUUCCUUAAUAACACGGCCUCCUUGCCAACUGAAUUUUGAGGGAGGCUGAGGUAUCGAUUUGUCAGUUGCUGAUAUUCCAGAUCAUAUUUUUCUUUAUUCGCUUUGUUCUUUCGUAGUUAAUGAUAGUUAUUGUGAAGAGAUUGACUCUGGUUAGUUAUUCAUAGAUGUAUAGCUGAUUCAUGAUUCAUUGGAGCAUCUAAAUUUUCUGUGACUGGGCCUCUCCUUUUCCUGCUCCUGUGAGUUUUCGAAUUUUGUAUAUACAAUAAGAAAGGGUAUUGAGGUGGGAUUUUAUUUUUCUUUUGGUAGAUUUGGCGUUUUGGCUGAUGAAUGAAAACUUUAGUUAAAAAAAUGGAGCUUAAUCAUAUAGAUAACGAUUUAGAGUACAACGAUCAAGAAUUACGGGAGGAGCCAAAAAGCUUCACUAAGGAUUGCCAUUUUCAACGCUAUCCAGGAGCCGUUCGGAAAAAGGCCUACAUUUUCGAUGGGGCCGGAAAAUACUACAACAAGGAAUGGGACCUAUUAGAAGGCCAGGGCAAGGAAUUCUGUUGGUACCACGUGGAGCUCCCAAAAGGGAAUCAGAAGCUCUCACAAUCCGCACAGUACCUAAUAGACGUUCUAUGCCCUCCCCUUAAGCUCCAAGACAUUCUCUCCCUAGUUAGCAAUGGCCCUUUUUGCGGCCAUGUGGACGGUGCACUCGUGUUCAGGGUAAACUCCCCUGGCCCACCUUCCAGCAAAUUCACCUUCAGAAUAGCUGCAAGAAUUACACAGAAUUCGGUUAUCACUGUGUCGUUAGGGCGGGUCCCGCGUUUGGGUUUUUCGCCUGCGAAUGAGUCUUUGCUGUCGGAAGUUCCUGUUGUGGAGAGUCACGGUUGUGAGAGGAGUGGGGAAGGGAAGGAGAGGGGCGGAAUUGUAAUUAGGGAGCACGUUUUGGAUUUUCUGCUGACGAUGAAUCAUUCGGAGGAGGCUGAUAAUCCUGUUCCGAGAUCUGUUCCGAAUCUUGUGGUCCACGUGAUUGAUACGCAUGUGGAUCAUGUUCAGGAUUUGGUGACGAAGCUCGAGAUUGAGCUGGAUUCUGUCGAGUUCGAGCUAGAUAGAGGUGGUUUUGAUUUGAAGAAGCAAUUGUUAGACGAUAGAAAGUUCCCAAAAAUGCAUCUUGACUUGCAGCGUCUAUUGCAGGUGAUUGCACAUGGUGAGCAGGUAUUUCCCCGAGUUAAGGAAAAGUGUUCAUUAAAAGAUUGGUUUACUAAUGAAGAUGUUAAUGCCUUGGAAGAGUUAAUUGGGCGGAUAAGGCGACUAAAAGAGAAUGUCGGGUUUAUAGCUAACCGUAUCACGGCAAUACAGGCUGGGUUAGACAGUUGGCAAUCUGAACAAAUAAAUCGAAAGCUAUACUACCUCUCUUUCCUCUCAAUCAUAUUUCUGCCUUUAUCAAUAAUCACCGGAGUUUUUGGAAUGAAUGUGGGAGGUGUUCCAUGGACUGACCAAAGGAAGCCGGAAUUAAGUGACGGGUUUCGUAACGUGAUGUUUAUAUGUGUGGCAAUGCUAUUGGUUAUUCUUCUCUGUUUCCUUUUUCCGGUUCUGUACAGCCGAAUAAUGGCCUGGCGAAGAAGGCGAGUCUUCAGAAGAAGUUGGUCUCUCAACCAAAAGUCGUACAUUAAGAGAAGUGGGGUUGGUGCAGAAUUUAGGGAAAAACGAGGGUACCUUCGUAUUUAAUUCGUAAACUGUUCUAAUCUGUGUUGCAUGAUGUGAACUUAGAGUUCCACUUAUUAUUGCUGGAGUUGAGUGAGAUCCUUGUGAUUCUUUUCGGUUUCUACAGUGUCUUGAUUGGGUGUACAGAGAUUUUAUUUUAUUUAUUUCUUUUUUUUUUUCCUUGCACGUUAAUAAGAGUAAUUUGAUGCGCCAUGUUACAGGCUUCAGUAGUACUAUGCUCAGUUGAAGUGAUCUAGAGAUUUAAUUGAAGUUUAAAGAUUAAUUACGUUAGNGAUAAAAAAUAUCUUCGUACAUCCUAUUAAUUUAUC